AUGGAUAAUAUCUCGGCCACCGAGUCGCAGUGGCUGUCGCAGCUGGCAGCCAUGCGUCAGGCCAUCGCUGACCUGAAGCUCCCCCAAGAGCUUCCCCAAGAAUCGAUCGGCUAUGGAAGUGAUAUUGAUCUGGAUAUUGACGACGACUAUUCCUCCCCCGGAACAAUCGAUGACGUGUGGGAUAUAAUCAGCUCGGACGAUGAAACCUCUGACGACUUGGAUGGGCUCGACGGGUUCAACGAAUUCCUUAUCGAACAAGAAUCCCCCUACAACCGAUCAUGGCUGGAAGAUAAGUGCCAGGACUUGGCCAUUCGAAACUCAAGCAUGGAUGCGACAGAGUUAUGCCAGCAAAUCAUCACCACCUUGGCUGCCGACAGCGACGACGAGGAACUACAAAUGUCUCUCGCUGAAAUUGUUGGAUUUGAUGAUCUGGAUCUGGUUAUUGAACUUAUUGCUCACAGAGGGGAGGUCUUGUCCGACAAGGGACCCCGCCUGGAAUCGCAGACAGAUGGACUUAUGGCUGGAAGGCUUCAAACUAGAGCGGAGAGAGAACAUGCAUUGCGCCAACGCGACUUUGAACAUAAGAACGCGGCGCUGAUGCCAGCACAAAGCCGGUCAGAGCCUGCCUACCCACAUGUUUUCAAACAGCACACUUCUGGGAAUCUUCUUUCUGCCAGUGGCAAGAAAUACGGGCUGCCUCUGGGUAGCAAGCAGAUUGAGGAACCAAAGUACACCGAGUUCGAGAUCCCAGCUACGAAAGUCGGAACCCUAGGAAAAGGCCAGAAAUUGGUUGAGAUUGCUAGCAUGGAUGGCCUGUGUCGCGGCACUUUCAAGGGUUACAAAACUCUGAAUCGUAUGCAGAGCUUGCUCUACGAUGUCGCUUACAAAACCAACGAGAACAUGCUGAUUUGCGCUCCCACCGGUGCGGGUAAGACUGAUGCCGCCAUGUUGACUGUUCUCAGCGUCGUUGGAAAGAACACCUUUCCCAAUCCCCUGGAAGUCCCUGAAGCAACUGAGUUCACGGUUCAAGUCGACGACUUCAAAAUUGUAUACGUGGCUCCGAUGAAGGCUUUGGCCGCCGAAGUGACAGAGAAGCUAGGAAAGCGGCUAGCCUGGCUGGGUAUCAACGUCCGCGAACUGACUGGUGAUAUGCAGUUGACCAAGCGCGAGAUUGUUGAUACCCAGAUCAUUGUCACCACCCCUGAGAAAUGGGAUGUCGUGACACGGAAAAGUACUGGAGACACUGAACUCGUCCAGAAGGUUCGCCUGCUCAUCAUUGAUGAAGUUCACAUGUUGCACGACGAGCGAGGAGCGGUCAUUGAAUCUUUGGUCGCUCGUACCCAACGUCAGGUUGAAAGCACGCAGUCGUUGAUUCGUAUCGUCGGUCUAUCAGCUACGCUUCCGAAUUACACUGAUGUUGCGGACUUCUUGAAAGUGAACAAGAUGGCCGGCAUGUUCUUCUUCGAUUCCUCAUUCCGACCAGUACCUUUGGAGCAACACUUCAUCGGUGUCAAAGGGAAGCCAGGCUCUAAGCAGUCCCGUGAGAACAUUGAUGGUGUAGCUUACGAAAAGGUUCGCGACAUGUUAGAGAGAGGUCAUCAAGUGAUGGUCUUCGUGCAUUCCCGUAAGGAUACCGUCAUGACCGCCAGGAUGCUCAAGCAGCUGGCUGCCGAGGAAGGCCGUGAAGACUUGUUCAGCUGCCAUGAUCACGAAAACUAUUCCAACGCCCUUCGUGACAUGAAACAUGCGAAGGCGCGCGAAUUGCGAGACCUGUUUGCAAGUGGCUUUGGAACGCAUCAUGCAGGAAUGACCCGCAGUGAUCGGAACUUGAUGGAGCGAAUGUUUUCAGAGGGUCUGAUCAAGGUUCUUUGCUGUACUGCGACAUUGGCAUGGGGUGUCAACCUUCCAGCUGCCGCUGUAGUCAUCAAGGGUACCCAGUUGUACAAUCCCCAAGAGGGCAAAUUCAUCGACCUGAGCAUUCUCGAUGUCAUGCAGAUCUUUGGUCGUGCAGGUCGUCCCCAGUUCCAAGACACUGGUAUCGGUUUUAUUUGUACUACUCACGACAAGCUAAAUCACUAUCUCUCUGCAGUCACUGCACAACAGCCAAUCGAAUCUCGCUUCUCCAGUCGGCUGGUGGAUAACUUGAACGCUGAGAUCUCGCUCGGAACUGUCACAUCUGUUCCUGAGGCAGUGCAGUGGCUCGGCUACUCAUACCUCUUUGUGCGUAUGAAACGUGAGCCACGCAACUAUGGAAUCGAGUAUGCUGAGCUACGCGAUGACCCGAUGUUGGUCCAAAGACGUCGGCAGUUGAUUAUCCAAGCUGCGCAGGUGUUGCAGAAGAGCCAGAUGAUCAUCUUCAACGACAAGACGGAAGAUCUCAAAGCCAAGGAUGUCGGUCGCAUUGCAAGUCAAUAUUACGUUCUGCAGACUAGUGUCGAGAUCUUCAACGAUAUGAUGCGUCCUCGAUCUGGCGAAGCAGACGUGCUCAAGAUGAUCAGUAUGAGUGGUGAAUUUGACAACAUUCAAUCCCGAGACAGCGAGUCGAAGGAGCUGCAGAGACUUAGAGAUGAAGUUGCACAAACUGAAGUGGCCGGUGGAAAUGAUACACCACAUGCGAAGACGAAUCUCCUAUUGCAGUCUUACAUCUCUCGUGCCAAGAUCGAGGACUUUGCUUUGGCAUCGGACACUGGAUAUGUUGCACAGAAUGCGGCACGUAUCUGUCGUGCCCUUUUCAUGAUUGCACUGAAUCGUCGCUGGGGUUAUCAAUGCCAGGUUCUUCUGUCUCUUUGUAAAUCGAUCGAGAAGCAGAUUUGGCCAUUUGAUCACCCAUUCAGGCAGUUUGAUUUGCCUCAGCCAGUCCUUCGAAAUCUGGACGACAAACUGCCUACUACCUCAAUCGAAUCUAUGAGAGAAAUGGAGCCUGCUGAGAUUGGGCAGCUUGUUCACAACCACCGAAUGGGGAACACAUUGUCCAAGCUCUUGGACAACUUUCCUACUCUUAGCGUCGAAACUGAGAUCGCUCCUCUUAAUCGCGACGUUCUUCGUAUUCGGCUGUCCAUCUAUCCAGAGUUCACUUGGAACGACCGUCACCAUGGCGCAUCCGAGUCUUUCUGGGUCUGGGUGGAAAAUUCCGAAACAUCGGAAAUUUACCACCAUGAGUACUUCAUCCUCAGCCGGAAGAAGCUUUACGAUGACCAUGAACUCAACUUUACCAUUCCGCUCUCUGACCCGCUGCCGAGCCAAAUCUACAUUCGUCUGAUUUCUGACCGUUGGCUCGGUGCUGAGACUGUUACCCCGGUUUCAUUCCAGCAUUUGAUUCGCCCAGACACAGAGAGUGUGUAUACGGACCUCCUCAACCUUCAGCCACUGCCUGUUUCGGCUCUGAAGAAUCCCAUCCUGGAAGAACUGUAUGGGCAGCGUUUCCAGUUCUUCAACCCCAUGCAAACGCAAAUCUUCCAUCUACUAUAUCACACACCGGCCAAUGUUCUCCUUGGCUCUCCUACUGGUAGUGGAAAGACUGUGGCAGCCGAGUUGGCCAUGUGGUGGGCCUUCCGCGAGAAACCUGGCUCCAAGGUCGUUUACAUUGCACCUAUGAAAGCCCUUGUCCGUGAGCGUGUUCAAGAUUGGCGCAAACGUCUCACUGGACCGAUGGGGCUGAAGCUUGUCGAGUUGACUGGUGACAACACACCUGAUACCCGCACUAUCCGCGAUGCCGACAUCAUUAUCACCACGCCUGAGAAGUGGGACGGUAUCUCGCGUAGUUGGCAGACCCGUGACUACGUCAGGAAGGUCAGCCUUGUCAUCAUUGACGAAAUCCACCUGCUGGGUGGAGACCGUGGCCCAAUUUUGGAGAUCAUUGUCUCCCGAAUGAACUACAUUGCCUCUCAAUCUAAGGGAUCCGUUCGCCUCAUGGGCAUGUCCACUGCGUGUGCAAAUGCCAGUGAUUUGGCCAAUUGGCUUGGUGUCAAAGACGGUCUGUACAACUUCCGCCAUUCAGUUCGUCCUGUGCCCCUCGAAGUCUUCAUCGAUGGAUUCCCCGAGCAGCGUGGUUUCUGUCCUCUCAUGCAGUCAAUGAACCGCCCGACAUUCCUGGCGAUCAAGAACCACUCGCCAGAGAAGCCGGUGAUUGUCUUUGUUGCUUCCCGUCGACAGACCCGUCUCACUGCCAAGGAUCUGAUCAAUUACUGUGGUAUGGAGGACAAUCCUCGUCGCUUCGUGCGCAUGUCCGAAGACGAUCUAGAGUUGAACCUUGCACGAGUGAAGGACGACGCUCUGAGAGAAGCUCUCAACUUUGGCAUUGGUUUGCAUCACGCUGGUCUAGUCGAGUCCGACCGUCAGCUAGCAGAGGAACUCUUUGCCAACAACAAGAUCCAGAUCCUUGUUGCUACCAGCACCCUUGCGUGGGGUGUUAACCUUCCCGCGCAUCUUGUCGUUGUCAAAGGCACACAGUUCUUCGACGCAAAGAUCGAAGGCUAUCGUGACAUGGACUUGACUGAUGUCCUGCAAAUGCUGGGUCGCGCCGGUCGUCCGCAGUUCGAUACUUCCGGUAUCGCACGAAUCUUCACUCAGGACUCCAAGAAGGCUUUCUAUAAGCACUUCCUUCACACUGGUUUCCCGGUGGAGUCGACCUUGCACAAGGUUCUUGACAACCAUUUGGGUGCGGAGGUGUCCGCUGGCACUAUCGGUACGCAACAGGAUGCAUUGGACUACUUGACCUGGACUUUCUUCUUCCGUCGCCUGCACAAGAAUCCAUCUUAUUACGGUCUGGAGAUCUCGGCUGAGGAGCAGAACACCAUGGCAGCACAGGCCACUGCGCAAGAGUUCAUGAUAGAGCUCGUUGGGAAGUCGCUUAACGACCUCGCCGAGUCGUCCUGUGUUCUUGUGGACUCCGCCACUGGUGAAGUUGAUUCUACUCCUUUUGGCAAGAUCAUGAGUUACUACUAUCUAUCCCACAAGACGAUUCGGUACCUCAUGUCCCACGCCAAGCGUGAUCCGACCUUCCAAGAUGUCCUGAGCUGGAUGUGUUCUGCAACUGAAUUUGACGAACUGCCCGUCCGUCACAAUGAAGAUCUGAUCAAUGCUGAACUAGCUCAGAACUUGCCUCUGUCAAUCGACUGUAUGGGCGACGUGCCUCUGUGGGAUCCGCAUACGAAGGCCUUCUUGCUCCUGCAAGCAUACAUGUCACGCAUUGACCUUCCAAUCGCGGACUACGUCGGUGACCAGACAUCUGUGCUCGACCAAGGCAUUCGUAUCAUCCAGGCAUCCAUCGACGUCAUGGCCGAGCUCGGCUAUCUUCCCGCUUGUCAGAUGCUGAUGACACUGCUUCAAUGUAUCAAGUCAGCUCGCUGGCCAGAAGACCACCCGCUCUCCAUCAUGCCGGGCGUUGGUACUGAGAAGCCACCACAAGGUCUCCCAGGCACUCUAGUCUCGCUCUCAUCGCAGCCCACCGGCGCAGUUGUCGCUCUGGUCAAGAAGCUGCAACUCCCGUUCAACUUCACUCGUGCUGCUUCCCAACUUCCCCAGCUUUCCGUCUCAGUCUCGAGUGUUUCUGAAAGGGGUAUGACCGUGUCACUGGCACGACGGAACGCCCCCACAAACCCCGAAUGCAGAAUCUACGCACCUCGCUUCCCUAAGCCGCAGACCGAAGGCUUCUUCUUGAUUGUCUGCAGCGCGACACCGAAUGGCGGCGAUGGUGAACUCCUUGGACUAAAGCGUGUAUCCUGGCCUCCAGUCGCCAAGCGCAAUGGAAACGGAAAUGGCAAGGGCAACUCCGGUGCUGGAUCCAGUCGCGGUGGACCUUCUAACGACAAGGACAAGAGUGGAUUGACCGUUCGCUCUUCUGUCAAAUUCCCCGAAGGCAUUCUCGCACAAUCCUCCUCGGCUACAACUGCCAACAAGGCCCGCGUCAAUAUCAAGGUCAUUAGUGACUCGUACGUUGGAAUGGUCUGGACAGUCUCCAAUGUGGAAGUCGAUCUUGACAGUGGCAUUGAGACCCAGCUCGUUGCAGAGUCAAGCGUUCCUACAAAGGAAUGA